AUGGCGAUUUCACCACACGUCUUGGCUAAUGUUUUUGGCAUACUUGCCGAUAUCAUCUCCUUUUUCGUCUGUCUUGCCCCUAUACCGACGUUCGUUCGUAUAUACAAGAGGAAAUCUUCGGAAGGGUAUCAGUCGAUCCCUUACGUGAUUGGGCUGUUCAGUGCGAUGCUAUGGAUAUACUACGCGCUGAUAAAGAAAAAUGCAAUGAUUCUCAUCACUAUCAACGCCAUUUCUUUCGUCAUGCAGAUCUUCUACAUCUCAUUCUACCUCUUCUACGCUCCCAAGAAAGAAAAGAGACUAACGGUGAAGUUUUUCCUACUUGUGGAUGUGUUUGCGUUCGGCCUAAUCUACGUCCUCACGUACUUUCUGUUUCAUGGCAACAAACGUCUUCAAGUCCUUGGAUACAUUUGCAUGGUCUUUGCUCUAUCUGUUUUCGUUGCACCCCUUGGCAUCAUUAGGAAAGUGAUUAAAACGAAGAGUGCAGAGUUUAUGCCGUUCGGUCUCUCCUUCUUCCUCACCUUAUCGGCUGUCAUGUGGUUCUUCUACGGUCUUCUCACGAAAGACCUCAACGUAGCCCUGCCAAAUGUUUUGGGUUUCAUCUUUGGAGUGCUUCAAAUGAUACUUUACUUGAUCUACAAGAAACCUGGGACGAAAGUUUUGGAGCCUCCAGGGAUAAAGCUCCAGGACAUAACUGAGCAUGUUGUCGAUGUCGUGAGGCUUAGUACGAUGGUUUGCUCCUCACAGAUGAGAACUUUGGUGCCACAGGACAGUGCCGACAUGGAAGCGACCAUUGCCCUUGAUGAGAAGAUCAAGGGAGACAUUGAGAAAAUUAAGGAGGAGAAAGAAGUCUUUCUUAUUAAUAAGAAUUAA